GGCUAGAAGUUUUGGGAGGAGCCUGCAGUUUCUGCACACUCCUGUCUCACAUACUUUUCUCCUCGGCUUGUCACUGUCAGGUUCUCAGGUACAGCGAACGCUUGGACAGAGGCUCCAGGACCACAGGGAGGGACACCAUGUUCAAGGGACAAAGCAAGUCACCCACCAAGUCACCUACCAAGUCACCUAACAAGUCGCCCACCAAGUCGCCGACCAAGUAUAGCAAGGCGACUGCCAAUGAACUGGCUUUGCUGAUCUCCCGUAUGCAGAAAAAUGCAGAUCAAGUUGAAAGAAAUAUCUUGGAGACUCACCAGAAACUAAAGCAGGAUGCCAGUAAUUAUGCCGUGAAGAAGUCAUUUGAGCAUCAGCAAGAGAAUGCAAAGACCCUAAAGGACUCUGACCUUCUGCUGAAAGAUCUUUUCUUUGAUGUGGACAAAGCAAAAAAAUAUGGGCACCCGCAAGCCGAGGAGAUAGAGAAGGACAUCCGCCAGCUCCAUGAACGACUUACAGCUGAGUGUGCAGAAUACAGAGAGGUGUACGAGAAUUAUAAUAUCUUACCUGCUGAGCCGAAAGUCAACUGGCCACAGAUCCUAAGUAGCAAAAAGAAAGAAAUAGACAAUGCUUCAUAUGGACCAAGCCUGGCAGAUGUGGAACGUCAAAUGGCAGAACACAACGUUCUGCAGAGAGAGAUUGACGAGUACGGGACAGAAAUACGUAACCUCCCUCAGGAUCAAUCUGCUGUUAAGAACCAGUAUCGCAGCCUGCAGGAAGAUUCAGCAUGGCGGGGCAGGCACCUGGGAAGCUUGUACAACCACCUGCACGGAUCCACAAAGGAGCUGCUCUACCUUAACGAUGAACAGAAUAAGAUUAUGAAACAGAAUUGGAGUGAUCAAAUCACUGAUCUGCCUAGCACCCGCAGGCAAUAUGAGCGUUUUAAGGCAGAGGAUUUGCUGCCCCAGGAGGAGACGGUGAACAACCUGCUGGAUGAUGGAGACAGACUGGUAGAGCUCAAACAUCCCGCCGCCAGCUGUAUCCAGGCCCACGAUGAAGCACUGAAAGGAGACUGGCAGAACUUUCUGAACUUGUGCAUCUGUCAGGAGAACCAUCUCAAGAAUGCAGAGGACUACAAGAAGUUUCAUGAUGACGCAGAUUCUGUGGCCGAAAGCCUGAAUACCGUGCGGAAAAACCUAGACACCAAAUACUCCCAGCCCAACACACAGGUGCCGGGAGCAGUAUCCGAGCUGCUCCUACAGAUGGAGAAGGAGGACAAGCAGCUGGCCCAGGCGGAGAAGACCUUGUCCGAACUCAAGCAAAAAGCGCCCGAAAUUUUCCCCAUCAAGCAGAGGAGGAUUAAACCAAAGCAGCCCAUUAAUCUGGACACCAUCUGUGAUUGGGAUUCAGGAGAUGUCCAGCUAAACAAAGGAGAGAACUACAUACUGAAAGAUAACAGCAAGAAAGAGAACUGGGUCGUGCAGAACCCUAGUGACGGAACAAUCAAGGAGGCUCCCUCCGCCUGUUUUGUCAUCCCUCCCCCAGACUCAGAAUCUACUGAAAGGGUUAACAGGUUGGAUGCCGAUUUAAAUGAUUUGAAGAAGAAGAAGGCAGCGGUGCAAAAUGCUUUGAAAUCAAGCAGCCGGGAACCUCAAAAACCCAGCCAGUUAGCUCCGCUGCGAGGUGCCCCUGUACCGCCAGUUCGUACAUCCAGUGUCCCCACUGACGACACACAAGGAACACAAAUUCUUAACAAAUUAAACAAAAUCUACGGUGACUUGCAAGACACCGAACAAGAGGUACUGACAAGAGUGCGCACCCCUGUGAACAGAGCUUCGCCAGGCCAGGAUCUGACCGGGAGGCUGAAGGCGCAGGAGGGAACUGCCCAGCAGCUGCAAUCGAUUGCAUCAGAGACGGACGCGGCAAAGAGAGAAUGCGAAAACUUCCUGGCAAAGAAACCAUCAGGACCAACAGCCACUCAGCUCCCCACGACACUGGCCAACGUGAACAGCAAAUACCAUGACGUCAAGGCCCUGUCAUCACUCUAUGGAGAAGAAGCUAAAGCAUCGCUGAACUUAGAAAAUCAGAUUAACAGGACUGAUGAUAUGAUCAGAGGCUUUGAGAAUGUAUUGGCACAGGAUAAAGUCAUUCCUAAUUCACCUAACAGCAUCCAGCAACAUGCAAGUCAGAUUCAGAAAAUGAAGAGAGAUCUUGUGGACAAACAGGACAAUCUUCUGAAACUAAACCGAAGCUUGAAGGACACAGAAUUGGCCUGUAACUCCCUUCAGAGCAACACUCAAGAGCACAGUCCUGAUUUACCACGUCAGCGCAUCCAGGUCCAAAAGCUGAAUGAUAGAUACCAUGCCAUCGCUGACCAGCUGGACCAGAGAGAGAAGUUGCUCCGAGAUACCAAUCUGCCCUACCAGCAGUUCAAAUCCUCCAGUGAAGGCCUGGAUUCCUGGCUGAAUGGUCUCCCCCAUAACCAGAUCACACCAUCGGAUUCUCCUAGUCAGGUCAACUACAAGCUCCAAAGCCAACGGAGACUGGUGGAGGAGAUCCAAAGGAAGGAGCCAGAAAAGAAUAACGUGGUGAAGCUUUCCAAAGACUUGACAAAUUCUCUUAAUGACUAUGAGGCUCAGGCUGAUCGAUAUUGCUCUACCCUGGAUCCCUCCAUAGGCUCAUCUAAUAGUACCAGGGCUAACAGCCUUCAGGAAAGCAUUGCAAACAAGGAAAAGGAUUUGGUAAAACGUUAUACAGAGGCAGCCGUGGAGAGCAAGCAGCAUCUGAACCAAAUGGAAUUUGCCAAGAAGGUUCUAGAUAAGUCAGAUACACAUGAUGGAGUCCAGCUGUCCGUGCAGAACAACCUGCGCUCAGAGAAUACGUUGCGAUCAGCAAAGGAAUCAGAAACCUUGUCAAAGCAACUGGAGGAAGAGAAAAUGAAGGUGGCUCAGGUACAGCAGACACUGGAAGAAAACAGAAAGAGGAUACUACUCCUGAAAACACAGAGACCGGUGGAAAGACUGGAAGAGAAGGAAAUGGUGCAAUACUACAGAGAACCCAGGCUGGAGAGUGAACUGACAGCUCUUAAGAGCCAAGCAGACAAUACCUACAGAGAUAGGGAAAAUACACAGUAUGAGAUAGAAGUGGUUAGCAAGAAGCUGGUAGCGUUGGAAAACCAAAGGAAGAACAUCAAACCACAGCUACUGACAAAAGAAGUCACUGAGAUAGAGAGAGAUCCUAAUCUAGAUGCUCAGGCUCAAACCCUCAGAAAAGAGAUAAAACAACUAAAGGAAGAGAAUAACUCAAUCACACACGAGUUAGAGCGCCUGAAAAUGGAAGUUAUGGUACUAGAGCAGAAACAACCUAAUGUGAAAGAAAAAGUGGUACUGAAGGAGGUAGUUAAAGUCGAGAGGGAUCCUGAGAUGUUAAAGGCCACACGGGCGUUACAAUUGCAGAUCGAUGAUGAGACCUUCCGCAGAAAGUCUCUUCAAAACAACAUUGUGAAACUUAGAAACAAGACAGAAGAACUGGAGAGACUGAUUGAGUCUGUAGAACCUAAAGUCAUUGUGAAGGAAGUAAAGAAAGUGGAGCAAGACCCAGAAGUUCUGAAGGAAGCAGCUAGACUCAAAACGUUAAUAGAAGAAGAACGUAAGAAGAGCGUGACCCUGACCCGGGAGUUAACAGAACUGCAAUCGAAAUAUUCAGUGGUGGAGAAACAGAAACCCAGGGUAGAGAUAAAGGAAAGGGUCAAUGAAGUGUUUGUUGUACAGCCAGAGACUGAACAAGAAAUUGCUAGGCUGAGAAUUGCUUUGCAAGAGGUCAAUUCUAAAAAAAAUUCCUAUGAAAAUAACCUUGAAGUACAUCAUAAAGAAAUGUUUGUGCUGAAGUCCCAAAAGCCCAUGGUGGAGUACAAAGAAAUUGUCAAAGAAAUAGUCAAGUUAGAGAAGAGCCCAGAAGCAAUGAAAGAAAUUGAAAGGGUGAAAUCACAAAUAAAAGACCUGGAGUCAACACACAGCAGAUAUCAAGAGCAGAAAUCCAAGCUGAUCAAGGAAAGAGACGACUGGAAACAAGAACGGUCAAAGGUAGAGACAAAAGUUGUCAACAAAGAGGUUGUUAAGUAUGAAAAUGACCCUGUACUGAUAAGAGAAGCAGAGCAACUGCGCCAAGACGUGCGCAAUGAAUCCCAGAGAAGAAGGGAAGUUGAAGAUUUGGUUUAUGACUUACAAAGCAAGUAUAUGUUGCUAGAAAGACGGAAACCAGAAGAGAGGGUAGUGGUUCAAGAGGUGGUUCAUGUACAGAAAGAUCCUAAGACAGCAGAAGACCACCACAGAUUAAGCCGUACACUAGAUGAGGAGGUAGGCAACAGGCGUCGCUUGGAACGUGAGGUACAACAAUUACGUAAUCUAGUGGACGAGAAAGAGAGACUCCUGAAUUUCCAGGAAGAGAGAGAUAAGAAACUGGCUGCAGAAAAGGAGUUGCGGACUAUCACUCGGAGAAUAAAGGAGAUAGAAGAAAGCCCUCCACCAGUACAGGAGAAGAUUGUAAUGGAAGAAGUUGUGAAAGUGGAAAAAGACCCUGUAUUAGAAAAAUCAGCUUAUGCAUUUCGAGGCGAAUUGGAUAAAGAAAGGACACAGAUACUCAACAUUGAAAGGGAAUGCAAAAAUCUGCAGGUUAAGGUAGAUAUCUUACAGAGGGAGAAGUCUUUGGAAAAAACGGUUUACAAAGAAGUCAUCAGAGUGGAAAAGGAUAAAGUGCUGGAGAAUGAGAGGGCCAGAUUAAGAGAGCUGUGUAAUAAAGAGCGUAAUGCAAGGCAAGACAUAGAAGAUGAUUGCAGAAGACUGAAAGAAAAGAUUGAACGAGUAGAUACAAUGAAAAAGACAUGGUCAAAAGAAGAAGCUGAACUUCAAAGGGCCAGAGCACAGGCGCAACAAGAAAAAUCAUCUAUAGAAAAGGAGUUAUUGGAAUUAAGGAGGCAGCAGCAGCAAAAAAGCGUGUUCUUGAGCAAAGAAUCAGAGUUGCUCACGCAAAAGGCAGAGAAUGAGCGUCAAAAGAAGAUGCAACUGGGACAAGAGCUUUCUCUUUUUGAAUCCCAAAUUCUAAAAGAAAAAGAUUGCAUCUAUGAAAAGGAAAGAAACAUUAGGGAUCUACAGUCCCGUGUAAACCGUGAGGAGCGUAACCAAGAAACUCAAAUGAGGGAGACCAAUGUCUCAACAAAAAUAUCAAUCUUAGAUCCUGAUACUGGGAAGGAAAUGUCACCAUAUGAGGCAUACAAGAGGGGUAUAAUAGACCGCCAUCAAUAUAUCCAGUUGCAAGAGUUAGAGUGUGACUGGGAAGAAAUUUCCACAAUGGGAUCUAGUGGUGAAAUUUCUGUUCUACUAGAUAAAAAGAGUGGCAAACAAUAUUCAAUUGAAGAUGCUCUAAGAUCCAAAAACAUCACUAAAGAGGAACUUGAAAUGUACCGGGAUGGAAGAAUUCCAAUUUCAGAAUUUGCCUUGCUUGUGGCUGGAGAGAACAAGCCUCAAUCUAUGUCAAUUGGGUCAAUAAUUGGAACAAAGUCCCCAAUUACCUCCCCCAACAGCCAAACCCAAACUCGUAGCUUUUUCACACAAAGUGCACCAAAAGUUUUUCAUGAUGAUAGCUUUCCCAUCGCUGGUGUCUAUGACACCAACACAGACAGCAAAUGCACAGUCAGGAGUGCAAUGGUGAAAAAACUGUUAGAUCCAACAACUGGUCAAAAGCUUCUGGAAGCACAGGCAGCUACUGGUGGUAUAAUCGACAUCAUUACCAAAGAAAGGUAUUCGGUUAACAAAGCAAUAGACAGGGGUUUGAUAGGUAGUAGCAACACACACAGCUUACUUAAUGCCCAGAAAGCUUUUACGGGUGUUGAGGACCCAGUGACCAAGAAGCGCCUAUCUGUUGGAGAGGCUGUACAGAAGGGACUAAUGUCCAAUGAGACAGCCAUGCCAUACCUAGUAGUUCAGCAUCUUACGGGGGGCUUGAUUGAUCCCAAAAAGACAGGCAGAAUCCCACUGUCAGAGGCAACAGAGCAGGGUCUAAUAACCAAAGAACUGGCUGCUCAGGUCCGAAAUGAGUCUACAUAUGAAAAAGACCUCACAGAUCCUUCCACUAAAGAGAAGAUUAACUACAAGGAGGCCAUAGCACUAUGCCGGAAAGACCCAGUAAGUGGCCUGCUUCUACUCCAAGGAUCUUCAGACAGCCACCAACAUGCUGUAUACCGCCCCGUGAACACCAUACCCUCCCUGACCUCGUACAAGUACUAAUGGUGAUGGUUGCCCGUCAUAUCUUUGUUUUCCUGCUAUGUAAGUGUACCCUGUUUAAUAUGAUAUUGCUCCCCUGGGGUGAAAUUAUACCUGUGGUGUUUAUUGCAUGUCCUCAAUAAACUGGAACUUAUCUUUAUUACACUUAAA